AUGUCGAGCACCAUUAUUCUGUACGAUAUCCCCUCGAAUACUCCCACCAAAGCGUGGUCUCCGAAUCCAUGGAAAGCGAGACUCGCGCUCAACAUGAAGGCUCUCUCGUACAAGACCGUAUGGGUGGAGUACCCCGACAUCGCGGCCGUCUGCAAGAAAAUCGGCGCAGAGCCCACGGGUACCAGGAACGGCAAGCCGCUAUACACGCUGCCGGUCAUACAGGACCUCGCGACCGGCACCGUCGUCUCUGACUCGUUCAAGAUCGCGCAGUACCUGGACGCCACAUACCCGAGUACGCCGUUCACCCUCGUCCCCGCGGGCACGAAGGCCUUCCACGCGAUGUUCCUCGACGUCUGGGCCCAAAAGAUUAGCUCCAAAAUUGAUCCCCUCCUCGGGCUGCCUAGCAAUCUCACGCUCAACCCUCGCAGCGCGGAGUAUUUCCGACCCAUGCGUGAGGCCAUGAUUGGGAUGACGCUCGAGCACUAUACGCCGCAGGGUGAGGCUCGGGCCGCGCUAUGGAGCACGGCGCGGCAAGGGCUUGCGGAGAUUGACGGGUGGUUGAAGGAGAAUGGUAAAGGAACCGUGUUCUUCAUGGGCGGCACACCCUCUUUUGCGGAUGUUGCCGUCUACUCGAGCAUCUCAUGGCUCGAGGACAUGUUGGGGAUCGGUUCCAAAGAGUGGAUGGACCUGAUGGCCGCGGACGAGGGGAGGUGGGCAAAGCUGGUGGAGGUU